AUGAAUUAUCCAAUGGGUUAUGAAAUCCCUUCAUCCAUGCAAAAUCGUCACCAAGAACAAUUCUAUCAACAUUCCUACCAAUAUGAAGAUGCUUUACAGGGUCUUCAACUUGUUCUGAUUGUUGACAAGAGUGGUUCAAUGGCAACAUUGGAUGAAGAUGCCACUGGACAAGGAAGACAGAAGGGAAUGGUUCAAACCAAUCAAUGGACUCGAUAUGACAAUGUGUUUCAAGUCGCCAAAUAUUUAGCUGAAAGCGUUUUUGAAUAUGAUGCAAACGGCUCGGUUCCAAUCUUUUUCUUUGACGAUCAGGUUGUUGAAUAUCAAGCGACCAACAUUGGUCAAAUGUUGGUGAGUUUUAGAAAUCACAGACCUGGAGGAUCAACCAAUUUAUUGGAUGCUUUGAAAAUGGCAUUUGACAGACACUUGAACAACCAUGAAAAUAUUUUGUUUAUUGUGUUCACAGAUGGGAGUCCUAACUCUGGACAGGAACCUAAAAUCCUUGACUUGAUUUAUAACCGAGUUGUGAAAUCAGAUCCAACGGGAAAUCGAGUGAAUGUCUUAUUUAUUCGACAUGGUGACGACAGCGGUGCUAUUGAAUUCUUACGUCAUUUGGAUGAUUGUAAGAAAGUGGGAGAAAAUGUGGAUACCAAGAGUGAUAAUGCCAUCUUUGCCAUGGGACCUAAAAAUGUUAUUCUGAAUGCAAUUUACGAACACUUGGACGCCCAGUUCAAGCAUAUCAUUUAA